UUUGUUUUCAGUGAAGGGAGCAAUCUCACCCCUGCUCAUCAUUAUCCUGACUUCAGAUUUAAGACGUAUGCACCUCUUGCCUUCCGCUAUUUCAGAGAACUUUUUGGUAUCAAGCCUGAUGAUUACUUGUACUCAAUCUGCAGUGAGCCUUUAAUUGAAUUAUCCAACCCAGGUGCCAGUGGGUCCCUGUUUUUUGUAACUAGUGAUGACGAGUUCAUCAUCAAAACAGUUCAACACAAAGAGGCUGAAUUUCUUCAGAAGCUCUUGCCGGGUUAUUAUAUGAAUCUGAACCAGAACCCAAGGACUCUUCUACCCAAAUUUUAUGGGCUGUACUGUGUUCAGUCAGGAGGCAUUAAUAUUAGAAUUGUUGUAAUGAACAAUGUUUUGCCACGAGCUUUGAAAAUGCAUUUCACAUAUGACUUGAAAGGUUCCACAUACAAACGGAGAGCAUCAAGAAAAGAGAGGGAAAAGUCCAACCCUACAUUCAAAGACUUGGAUUUCUUGCAAGACAUGCAUGAAGGGUUGUAUUUUGACUCUGAAACACACAGUGCACUAAUGAAAACACUACAGCGGGAUUGUCGAGUUCUAGAAAGUUUUAAGAUCAUGGAUUACAGUCUGCUACUGGGAAUCCACAUACUGAACAGUAACAUGAAGGAAAAAGAGGGAGAGAGUUCCCAGAGCGCAUCGGAUGCGAAACGUCCUGGAGGGCAAAAAGUUCUCUAUUCCACAGCCAUGGAGUCUAUACAGGGCCCUGGGAAGUCAGGGGACUCGAUCACCACAGAGACAACAAACACAAUGGGAGGUAUUCCAGCUAAAAGCCAUAAAGGAGAAAAGCUGCUUCUGUUUAUGGGUAUUAUUGAUAUUCUCCAGUCUUAUAGGUUAAUGAAGAAGCUGGAACAUUCUUGGAAAGCUCUUGUUUAUGAUGGGGACACUGUUUCAGUUCACCGACCAAGUUUUUAUGCAGACAGAUUUUUAAAGUUUAUGAGUACAAGAGUUUUCAAGAAAGUUCAAG